AACUUGUACAUAAUAAGCUGCGAGGACAAACUAACGUCGUUGCCCUUGACAAGCCCCUGAGCUUCGUUUUUCUACCAGCUACGAACAACACUCUCCGCCCAACCCGCCAGUCGCGGGCAAAGCAGAAGAAACAUGGCAAGAAAGAAGAAGGUCCGCUCUAUUGUCCAAGAGUUUGACGACUACUUCGGGACCGGCACUCUCGAAGAUUGGCAGCGUCUCUGCCACGAUGUGGGGCUCGAAGGAUACUACGGCAGCAUCACGCAGUGCCGGAAGGCUCUCCGGACCGUGCACGUCAACAUCCGCGACCUCCUCGAGGCCGUCAAGCAAGGCGAGAAACCCCGCCGGUUUGCCAGUGCAGCGCAGCUGGUCGCGUACACGGUCAACACGCGCAAGUUCUAUCCGCUCAGCAAAGUCAAGGAAAUGGGGCCGGUGAAGGUGCUGUUGCGGAACAUGUUGUGAACACGACGCCAAUGCUGAAAGAGAGGGAAAUGGCACCACCUCAUUAGACAACCCCAUUGGAU